GGGGCCGGGGGCGCCAUGGGCGGGGCUCGAGGUUUCCAGAUUUCCUCCAGUCCUUAUAAGCACCAUGGUAAAGUAAUCUCAGACUCAGAAAAAAAUGGAUUUAAUUCUCAAUCAAAGCGAUUUCAGUAUAACCAGAGUGAAAAUCCAGGCCCAGGAUUCUAUAAUGUCACUCAUCAGUCUCCAGAGAUCAACAGCCCUUCGUUGUCAAAGAAAGGAACUGGAUACUUUCCUUCCCUGGUUCCACGCACUGCACACAAGAAAAUCUCCAGCUUUCCAGCUGCGAAUGCCUAUAACAUCCUAUCACAUUUUCAGUCCAGACGAGACUUUAGCAUGGGAAACUCCAGUGUGUUUCAACAACCUAUUUCUAGGAAGACUGAGAAAAUCCCUACUCCAGCCCCCAAUCAAUACCAUACAUCUACAGAUUUCUGCAAGCAAAGCAACAAUGUUUCUGCCCAUGCAGUGUUUGUGUCGCGAACCACAAGAGGAUUAAAUUUGGAAAAAAUUGGAAAAUGGCCUUCUCCAUGUCACUACAACAUCAAUGAUUCCCUCACCAAGGUGUCUCCCAAGGGUAUAACAUCUUGCUUCAAGUCAAAGACCUCCCACCUGACAAGGACAGACAGAAUUACUGCAGAGCCCACAAUCUAUCAGCCAUAUAAACCCACCAGGGAAACAAAGAAAACUCCUUUCAAACAGAAAUUCUGCUUGACACUCUGUGCUCCAGCAAUCCCACCUUGUAAAGAUCCACCUUUUCCUGGACCUGGGCAGUACAACCUCGUGGAUUACGGAGGAUCUCUAAAGCAGAAUUGCUCAAGUGCUGUGUUUGUCUCAAACACGGAGCGAUGGAUGGGGGGUGGAUCACAGGAAGGGUUCCCCGGACCAGGAAGGAAACAAAGCACAGAAAUUGGAGAGCCCACCUUCAAAGGCAUGUAGACACUUGAAGACACACGCCAUUUCUGAAAGGCACUUUACUCAGUAGCACGUGUCACAUAGGAUCUUUUGGAUAUUGUGACCGUAGGUUUAUGAUGACCACCAAGCAGCUAAAUCCUUUUUAGAUCAGAGCAUAGUGUCCCCUGCUACCUUUCACUGGUCUAGUAUUGAAAAUCUGGGCUAAAUUGAUCUCUGUUGCACAAUAGCAACGUGGACAAAGCAGGACUGGAGUCCUGACUACCAGCGCUAUAACCAACUUGCUGUUCCAUAUUUUACAAUAUUAUUUUUUAAAGGCAAGAUAGAAAAAUUCACGUUUUCAAAGUAAAGGCCAUUAAAAUAUCACCAGCUUGUCUGUCAGUGUAUUUGACAAACAGGUUCUGUGACUUACAGUGCGUGUGUAAAACUACCACAUAAUCUCAUAAUUCUGGCUGUUGGUGCAACACACAUUUCACCUGCAACACUUUUCUGUUCAACUGGGAGAGAAGAGCACUUGGAACAGGAGAACAGGAAAGAAACAACAUCCUCUUAAGAUAGAGAAAGCCUCCAUGCCCCAGCUAGAGAGUAACGUUAUGCAGCACCUCAGCACAGUGUCUUUAGUUUUAUAACCCUCCGGCUGUUCUGUCCUCAGAAGGAUUUGCCAGAAUUUUCCUGAUCUAAACUUGAGUAAAACAAGAAACGAAACAUGCCCAGUAGCUUGUAAUCAGGAAACAUAUGGUGAAGGGGUAGGAGGGACACACUGCCAUUGAGGAAUGGGUUAAACACGCCAGGCUGACAUCCAGCAACAUGCAUGGGCACAAUUACCACCAGUCUGUCCAGCCAGGACUGGUGGGCCCUGCCUCACCCCUGCCAGCAGUGCUUGCAGUGGGAGCUGUUCCUCAAUGGCAAAGGGACAGCUUGCACCAGGAAGCAUGCCCGAAUUUUGACCCUCUGCCAUUAGCGAUGAUAAAGGAGGCAGAUACAGGGACGAAUCCUGCUGCAGUCUCCUUGUGCAGAGCAGUUCUU